UUUGUUGUUUCAGGUCUAGAUCCUGCUGGACUAUUAUUUGAAGAUACUGAUGUUGAUGUAAGGUUAGAUCCUAGUGAUGCUAUAUUUGUCGACUGUAUACAUUCAGACGGGUUACCAAUUUAUGAUUUAGGUAAGAGACUAGAAUUGAUUGGCCAAACAGAAAUUAUUCAAAAUCCAUUUUUGAUUUUUUUAGAACUGUCCUCAGACGUUUCAUGCAGUCAUCACAGAGCAAUCUCAUACUUCUUAGAAACUCUGCAACAGAACCAAACCUGUCAAUUCCAGGCUUACCCAUGUUCCACCUUCAAAGAUUAUUUGAAAGGAUCGUGUACCAGCUGUGGAGAUGGUCCCUGUCCAAUUUUGGGAUACCGUUCCAUUGACAGCCAUCGUAAAGGCAAAUAUUACCUCAAGACUAAUUCACAGUCUCCAUUUUGUAUGAAACGUAAGUAA